UCAACACACAUUAUGCCAACAUGAUGGAAAGGAUAACAUUCACAGCCUUCUUUCUGUCUCUGUUUGCAGCUUGCAGAAGUUUGCAGGUGACCAUUGUGCUGAAGCCUGAUGUAGGAACCGUGGGCGACUCAGUGCAGUUUUUAGUCUCUACAGACUCACAUAAUGGUUUUUUGUUUAUAUCAUGGACUGUGAAUGGCUCCACUAUACUUACCUUUGAUGGAACCAACAUCAUAACAGCCCCUGUCUAUAACGAGAGAAUCAACUUUGAUAUCACAACUGGAUCACUGGAGCUGAAGAAUCUCACUCUGCAUGAUAGCGGGACCUAUCAGCUACAAAUUGUAGCUGCAGGAGAACCUCAAGUCCAAGAAGUCAUCCUCAACGUGUUGGUUGGACCCGAUACCGUUGCAGUAGCUGUGAGUCCUCCAGGGCCCAUAUUCACCUCAGGAACCAGCCUCACCCUGUCCUGCUCAGCUCAGUCCAGACCUCCUGCACAGUUUCAAUGAGCUCUUAAUGACACACUGCUGAACGAAAUGGGCGAUCAACUCCUGCUGACAAAUAUUAAGGAGAGUCAGAGUGGUAAUUAUACCUGCUGGGCUCAUAACACCAUAACCCAACAGUAUCAUUCAUCUGAACGUUCAGUGAUCACUGUUCUGGAGGGAGGUGUCCACAAUGGCCUGUCUGGUGGAGCGAUUGCUGGGAUUGUCAUCGGUAUUUUACUGGCUCUGGGGCUUUUUCCAGCUGGAUUCUUUAUCAUGAAGAAACUGCGGUGAGUAACAAAGGGCCUUUACUAC